GAUGUGUGCUGCAAUUCCGUACCCUUCCAGGCGUGGUGCAACAGUGUCCAACGGAAGAGCGAUGGUUAGCGAUAGCCAGCAGCAUAAAAUCAUCAAGGAGUUCCUCAUACCGGACACGCUGAAGGACGAUAUCGUCUACUGCCAACGAUCGUUGCGGGACUGCGUGAAAGUGCAUCAGUAUCUCGUCGAACGAUGUAACAGCUUACCGGGCAGUCAGCAAGAACAGUUGAGGAAGUAUCUGCUCGAACUGGAGAACGAAAUGAGGGCGAUCGGGAAGGAACAGAGCGAGCUGGUGAACGAUCUGGCCAAGCGAUUAAAGCACUUCCAGCGCAAAACCGCCACCGAAAAGCACAUCUUGCUACGGGAUGACCUCGUGAACGGUUACGUCGCCUGGGUGCUAUCCAACCAUUCGGAAGUGAAUUACACUACGGCCCAUAUACCGCACUCCGUAUCGGAACGGCUGAACGAAAACCAGCUGUAUCAAAAGUAUCGCCUAGAACCGAUGCUAACCUGCGACACUGUCGUCCCAUCAUCACUGCCACCCGAUGGGACGAAAGCGAAAGAAAAGCGCCUACGUAAAAGACCGGUUUUACAGACGUCGCUGUUAAAGCCCCGUGAAGAACGUGAUCUCGCCAGCACUGCCUUAAAGGAGGAACCUUCCCUACACACACCUCCGACCACACCACCGAUCACCACUUCACCGAGGACGGCAGGCGGCAACAGGCGCAAAACACCGCCCGAAACACAGCAGCCUUUGAUACUGAAGAAAAUGCUACGUUCUAGAUCCAUGACGACAACGCCUUCGCCUUCGGUUGGUGCGGUAAAGGAAGAGCCUACUACUACCACCAAUACCGUUCCUGUAAAGGAAGAACCGAACGAGGUGGAAGAUCAGUUGCUCGCAGCGAUCGUUUGCCAGGAAUCGGCCGCUGUAAAGCGUGGCCGAAGCAAUCUACUUCAAGCCCUAAACAAGGCAAAAACCACACAGAAAUCCAGCCCGAAACAAUCGCCAACGACAAGUCCACCUGCUAAAAGCACACGGAACAAUCGGGCUGGUUCGGUUAAUGCCGGUGACACGCACCGUAGUUCAUCGGUUUCAUCGGAUUCUUCAAACUCACGCGCUUCUACACCGGGUACCACUUCCACUGGGACACGCAAACAGACGGCAAAUCCCGACAACAGUAACUCGGAUGAUUCAUCCAUCGAACGGUUGCCACUUCCGCCGGCAGAACCACCCAACACGCUGCCAACGUCCAUCGACGAAUGGGAACAGUAUAGCUUUCUCAAGCUGUUCGGACUGUACACGAUCGAGGACAGUAAUUUGCUCAAGGGACGCAAAAAUGAACGUAAACGGCGCAGCUGUUGUAGUACCGAGCGUAAGGACUUCCAUUACGGUCGAUUCGAUUAUUACGAGCAGCAGUUUUACAUAGCGCACAAGCGACGGUACAAUGUGAACAAACGUCUUCUGUACACCGCAACGCCGGUAGAAAAAUCUAUUAAAAAAAGAAAACCUUGGCCAGCUGCUGCUACUGGAACGAUUACGAUGGCACCACCGCCAACGUUCCGACCGUUGCAGGAAGAUGCAGCUGGUGAAAUAGAGAAGGACACCGAUGGUAGCUGUUUCCCUGUGCUGGAGCCAGUGCUGAAAGAGUCCAACCUUUGCUUUGUUUGCAAAAAAGAAGGUUUAGCCGGUGAAACUUUAAACGCUUGUAGAGAAUGUAGCGGUUUGUAUCACCUCAGCUGCCACGUGGACGAAACCGGCUGCUCAGCACGUGACGAUGAAAAUGGCAAUCAUUCCACUGGGGAAAAGUUACCACCACGGCCUAAAGAACUGUGCCCAGCAUGCUUAGCUUUAGACAAAGACAAGUAG